AUUUUCAUGACUUCUCUACACACAAUUGAUUUUACACGUACGCAGUUUCUUGUCUCCAAAGUUUAGAAUAUUUUAUUUUAAGCAUUAUUUUCUGUAUCAUUAAAUGUAAUUAUACACACGGUCAUCAAUGUUGAUACCAAUAUCCUCUUCUGGUUAAAAAAACUUAUUUGAUAACGACAGAGAUAAUCAAACAUUAUUUGUUAUUUUCUCAAUACCAAAAUGAAGGUAAAUCCGCGAGUGUUUUUUGAUAUCGAAGUUGGAGGCCUCCCAAUGGGCCGAAUAGUUUUGGAGUUAUUUGUGGACAUUUGCCCGCGUACUUGUGAGAAUUUUCGUGCCCUUUGCACUGGAGAAUUAGGACUUGGAAAGACCACGGGAAAACCAUUACAUUACAAGGGAACCGUAUUUCAUCGUGUUGUCAAAGAUUUUAUGAUUCAAGGUGGAGAUUUUUCAGUGGGUAAUGGAACUGGUGGAGAAUCUAUUUAUGGGGGAACUUUCUCAGAUGAAGACUUCACUAUCAAGCAUAGUAAGCCUUUUCUCCUUUCGAUGGCCAACCGCGGUAAAGAUACUAAUGGUUCUCAGUUCUUUAUUACAACGCAACCAGCGCCUCAUCUCGACAAUGUCCAUGUGGUAUUUGGGGAAGUACUCUCCGGCCAGGAAGUAGUUGCACACAUCGAGGGUCUACCAGUAGAUCGGAUGUCUCGUCCUUUACAAGAUGCCAAAAUCGUCAACUGUGGAGAAUUGGUUUUGAAAACUAAACUAAAAUCAAAAAAACGAGAGAAAAAACAAAGCUCCUCAAGUUCAGAUUCAGAUUCUUCGGAUGAGAAAUCUAAGAAGCAUAAGAAACACAAAAAGAGUAAAAAGAAAGAACAAUCAGAAGAUGGAGAGUUGAAUGAUUCUCAGGAAGAAGAGACUGGAGAAACUCAUCCAUUAGUUUCAGUUACCAAAAUCGAUCCAGACGAAAUACCAGAAGUACCUGCAAAUAAAUUUUUAUAUCGUGCUGGUCCCACAAAUAACGCUAAUCAAAAAGAAUUUAGACAACGUUUUGGUGGACGAGAUCGGGGUAGGAAUCAACGAAAGACUGGAAGGUUAUUGAAAGGCAGAGGAAUAUUUCGAUAUCAUACUCCAUCUCGUAGUCGUUCACGCAGUGUAACUCCACCUCACUGGAAACAAGCUCAAAAUCGAACCAUAAAAUUGCAAGACGUACAAAAAAAUGAACGGACUAAGCAAGAAGAUGAUUUUAAAGAUCAAAUAAUUCCAAAACAACGAAAAUUUGUUGAAAAUCCCGAAGACAAUGAAGAAAAUGAUAAAAAUAACGACGAUGGUCAUAUCUCUGAUCGAGAUAAAACUAAGGAAAAUAAUAAAUCUUUUUUGCAAGAAAAUAGAGACAAAGAAUAUAAAAAUGAUAAUAGACAUUACAGAAAUACUGAAAAUAAUACAUAUUAUCAGAAUCGCAUGGAUUUCAGACGCAGAGAAAGACGAUCAAUGAAUCGAGAUUUUCAUAGAUUUGGAAACAGAUUUGCAGGUCGAGAUUUUCGAGACUUCAAUAAGCGAGGACGAUCUCGUUCACGAGACCGCCGAAGAUCUCGAGAUCGUGAUAAUCGUCGUAGAAGUCGUGAUCGACGCGAUAGAAGAAAUUAUUCGCCACGUCGUAGAUCAUCUUACCGGUCUAGGUACGACAGACGUGACGAUAAAGAAUCAUCUAGUUCAAAACCUCAUUCAUCAAUUGGAAGUCAAAAAAAUGAAAAAAAAAAUUCAUCUGAUUCUGCAGCAACAUUUAAAAAUCGUUCACGCAGUUCUUCAAGUAGUCGUCAUUCAAAAGAUUAAAAAAUGAUAAUAUUUGAUUGCUUAAAUUUGUAUAUCUAAUUGAAAUGAAACUAUUAUUAGUUGACAUAUUUUUGGGUUUUAAGGUAAAAUAUUUACUUUACAACGAUUAAAUAACGACAUAAAAGGAUCAUCGAUGAAGUUUGAAUUAUAAUUAUUUUCAAGAUAAAGACAGCUAAGGUUUAAAGAAUUUUAAAAAUAAAUAAAUCAUUCAUUGAAAGUAAAUGAAUUUGAGAAUAUUUUAUUAUUUAUUUUUUCUUUCAAUUAAAUAGAUAACAUGUGUUUUCACUUUAAUGUAAAAAAGAUAUUGUAGAGC